AAUAGCAGUUUGAAACUUGCACAACCUAAAGGAACAGGAACUGUCCUGUAAGAAAAGGGAGUGGACAAGUGGUCUACACUAAACUGCUGAGUGUGUCCAUGUACAUUCUUAACAAGAUUGACCAAAGCUAGAGAAAUAAUUGACACAUGAUGUAAUUAAUCCAUAUUCAAUUUCCAAAGGACAAAAGAGAAGUUAAAAACUAUCACUGUAAUGUUAGGCUCCAUAAACACACACAAAGAGGUUUAUUUCUUUACUCUGGUUUUUUUUACAUUGUCGGCUAUUAAUUUUGUUUGUAUAUAUUCGGCCAGUACUUUUUCCUUUCCAUUCAAGUGUCAAUCUCGGGGAUUAAAUUUCUUCCCUAUUUAGCUGAGCAAUCAAAUCUGAAGAAUGUAUUCACUUUAUAGGAACGGAUGCAAUGGUUUCAGUAUUGGCUUAUUUAACAUUUUGCCGUCAUUUCAUUAACAGGAUCUUUUACAUGCAUAACACCUCUGCGGGCGACCUGAACCCCGCAAAUCACAUUCCAUUUGCAGGCGGCGACUGCACACAGCACCGAGUCAUUCAGGCACCCGACUCCACCCUACACCUUAUCCUCGCUUUCCCUUCCAGCAGGACCAGUUCCGCCCAGGCCCCAACCUCACUCUCGGAAGGGACUGGGCUCCACUUCACAGGGCGUUACAACAAUCGGGGCUGGCAGAGGGCUUUUCGGUAACGCCUAAAAGGACAGACUCAAAACGUCCCUCCCUGAGCUUCACUGCCGGACAGCAAUAAGUAAAACUCGGACGAACAGCAGCCGCAGAGUAGGCGACGUGCGCCCUCCAGCCGCUUCUCUCCCACGGUUCUCCCAGCCGCGCCCCGCACACACACGCUGCGCAAGCGCGCGCACGCGCCCUCGGCCCGGUGGGCCCAGAGGUCGGCAGAAGGUGGGAAGGGUGGGUAGGGGCCGAGAGCCGGGAUGGCAGGCUGCGCCCGCAAAUUUUCUCACCUCGGUAAACGGGUCCAUCGCCCCGGAGUUCGCGUGUUGAUUGCGAGACGACGGAAACGGUGGCUCAAAUUCAGAAAAAGAAAAGGAGAGAAAAGGCCAAGGUCUAACCACAAGGCAGUGGCAAGAAGGAUUAAAGUCAAGUUCUCUACUUCAGAAAAGCUUCACUGGCCUGAGCAAGAACUUGCUAAGAAGUCUGUUCUAAAUGCAGAAGAGUCAUUGAUCACUGACAGCAAAAGAAGCAUUUCACAUUUAUCUACUGGGAUACUAAAGGACAUUUUCACAACUGGAACCAGUAGUUACAAUGUUCUGCUACAGAGCAAAGAGGAGAAAAAGCAUCAUUCACAAAAACAGCCUUCCUCCACCUACUCCAAAAGAUGUAGAAAGCCCAGCAAAUCUCCUAGUUCUUCUCGUAGUAAAGAUCUUCGCAAGAUGAAAGCCCCAGUGCCUGUGAUGAGCAGUGGUACUUGGUACUGCCUAGAAAGGCAGCCUGGUGUCUUUGUCACUAGUUCAGUGUCGAGUCCUAUAAAGUUUACACAUGAUAUCUCUGUUACAGGGAGCAGCAUAGUACUGCCGCCUAAACCCAAAAACAGGGUAAAGCGACGCCAUUUCUCCACUCUGCCAAAGCCAAAGCCACAGCCUCAGCUGUCUAGAAGUUUUGAAAAGGGAGAUGACUUUUCUGGGAAGAAAUUUUGUAUACUGACUGCUAUAAAGCCCACCAACUUGGAGAAAGAAAAACUGAGAUUUUUCAAGUCUGACUAUACCUACAAUCCUCAGUUUGAAUAUGCAAAUCCAUCUCUGCCAAGUGUGUUGGCCAAACACAGCAAUGCAUCUGACCGAUUUCUUAAACAGUCCAUCAAUAUUAUGGAACUGACUUUACAGAAAUAUGGAAGUUAUGAAAAAUUUGAGCAGGCCACCGGUGGCAGCCUGCUAUCUAAAACUCGAAUCUGGAGUCACGUUAGGAAGUACAUGAUGAAAGAAGGCUGCAUGGGUGAGAUUGUAGUACAUCUCACUGAAGAUCUGCUUUCCCGAGCUUCGAUGACAGUGGUAAAUGGAUGUCCAACACUGACCAUCAAUGUUUCCACUGCACGUGAGCACUGGCUGGAGGGAAUGCUGAGGCAUGAAAUAGGCACACAUUAUUUUCGAGGUAUUAACAACCUUCAGCAGCCAUGGAACAGUUGGACUGGUCGUAAAAAACAUGAGCUAAAGCCAAACAAUCCCACAGAGGAAGGACUGGCAAGUAUUCACAGUGUCCUUUUUAGAAAAGACCCCUUUUUAUGGAGGGCUGCCCUCCUCUACUACACUGUUUAUCGAGCCAGCCAAAUGUCUUUUUGUGAACUCUUCAAAGAUAUUGGAAAGUUUGUCAAAGACCCCAAUACAAGAUGGGAUUAUUGUGUACGAGCGAAGAGGGGAUGGACUGAUACUUCUCAACCAGGGUGCUUCAGUAAAGACCAGGUCUACUUGGAUGGCAUCCUGCAGAUCCUCCGGUACAGAGAGACCAUUGACUUUCAUCUACUGACUGCCCUGGGGAAGGUCUCUUAUGAAGAUGUGGAUCGCUUAAAAGGAUUGGCAGUUAUUGAAAACAUGAGGGUCCCUCAUUUCCUGCAGGACCAUGGCCGAUACAUGGAACAUUUAGAGAAGAUCAUGGAAGUGAAUGAAUUGACUGACAGGGAACUGAAAGAUCUUAUAUAUUAAUCAGCAUUCUUGCAGACAUAGUGAAGCUAUACCUCUAUAUUACCAGUUAGGUGCAGUUAGCACCAGCAUAUUUAUAAAAGAUGAGUGUUUACAUGAGUUUUCUGAAGAAUGAUCUGCAGUAUUCAGCUGAAUUUUUAAAAGGUUAAGUACAAACCUUACACUGUUUCCCUAACAUGUUUCUAUAGGCUGCAGGGGGAAGUUCCUCCUAUUUUCAUCUGGAUCUCAACAGAGUCUGAUGAAACUACUACUGGUGAGUGUUUUUGAAGAAUCUUGGUCAAACUGAAUAAUAAGCAUCUGCCUGAGCACCAAGACCAGCCCUGGCUAGAGACUGAAUUCCAGUCUUGUUUUAACUACAAGAUUAUAUUUUACUUGAUAAAUAAUGGCAAUUCUUUGAAAAAUUAGUUUUGUUAUGCUCCCAAAAGCUAGCUGCUUUUUUUUCUUUAUUUUACACAUUAUUGUUUCACCUUAUCAAUUUAUAGGAACUAAAUUAGAGAAUUACCUCAUUUUGUCUAGUUAUUCCCUAAACUUUAUUUGCUGAAACAAACUUUAUCCCUUCCAGAUUUUAACGAAGUUUUAGGGUCUUUCCCUCCCCAUUCCUGUAUAUAGAUGGUAAGUACAAGUGGCUUGUCUACAUAGACUAAAAUAGCUAGGGAAGAGAGAGAAGCUACUCACCUUUUUGUUAAAAGGAGCGACCAGCAAGACACAAAUACACUAAUGUAGUUUCUGUAGGAGCUGGAUGUUGACUAGGUAGCAUCUACCGUCAACUUGAC